UGUCAGUGGUCUAGGAUGGCCAGUGAAGCCACAAACAUCCCAAGUCCUGUGGUGCGCCAGAUUGACAAGCAGUUUCUGAUUUGCAGUAUAUGCCUGGAACGGUACAAGAACCCCAAGGUUCUCCCCUGUCUGCACACGUUCUGCGAGAGGUGCCUACAGAACUACAUUCCCGCCCACAGUUUAACCCUCUCCUGCCCAGUGUGCCGCCAGACCUCCAUCCUGCCCGAGAAAGGGGUGGCCGCGCUUCAGAACAACUUCUUCAUCACAAACCUGAUGGACGUGCUGCAGCGGACGCCAGGCAGCAACAUAGAGGAGUCUUCCAUCCUGGAGACGGUCACCGCUGUGGCUGCGGGAAAGCCUCUGUCUUGCCCAAACCACGAUGGGAAUGAACCUUUGUACCCACAGGUGAUGGAAUUUUACUGCCAGUCCUGUGAGACCGCCAUGUGUCGGGAGUGCACUGAGGGCGAGCAUGCAGAGCACCCCACGGUCCCCCUCAAGGACGUGGUGGAGCAGCACAAGGCCUCACUCCAGGUCCAGCUGGACGCUGUCAACAAAAGGCUCCCAGAAAUAGAUUCUGCUCUUCAGUUCAUCUCAGAAAUCAUUCAUCAGUUAACCAACCAAAAGGCCAGCAUCGUGGAUGACAUCCAUUCCACCUUCGAUGAGCUCCAGAAGACGCUGAAUGUGCGAAAGAGCGUGCUGCUUAUGGAACUGGAGGUCAACUAUGGCCUCAAACACAAAGUGCUGCAGUCGCAGCUGGAUACUCUGCUCCAGGGGCAGGAGAGCAUCAAGAGCUGCAGCAACUUCACAGCGCAGGCCCUCAACCACGGCACGGAAACGGAGGUGCUGCUGGUGAAGAAGCAGAUGAGCGAGAAGCUGAACGAACUGGCCGACCAAGAUUUCCCCCUGCACCCGCGUGAAAACGAUCAGCUGGAUUUCAUCGUGGAAACCGAGGGGCUCAAGAAGUCCAUCCACAACCUCGGGACCAUUCUGACCACCAACGCGGUCGCAUCCGAGACGGUGGCCACGGGCGAGGGGCUGCGGCAGACCAUCAUCGGGCAGCCCAUGUCCGUUACCAUAACGACCAAGGACAAAGACGGCGAGCUGUGCAAAACUGGCAAUGCCUACAUCACGGCUGAACUGAGCACCCCCGACGGCAGCGUGGCGGACGGGGAGAUCCUGGACAACAAAAACGGCACCUACGAAUUUUUGUACACGGUCCAGAAGGAAGGAGACUUCACCCUGUCUCUGAGACUCUACGACCAGCACAUACGAGGCAGCCCGUUUAAGCUGAAGGUGAUCCGGUCCGCCGACGUGUCUCCCACCACUGAAGGCGUGAAGCGGCGCGUCAAGUCCCCAGGGAGCGGCCACGUCAAGCAGAAAGCUGUGAAAAGACCUGCGAGCAUGUACAGCACCGGGAAGCGAAAAGAGAACCCCAUCGAGGACGAUUUGAUCUUUCGAGUGGGAACCAAAGGAAGAAAUAAAGGAGAGUUUACGAAUCUUCAGGGGGUAGCUGCAUCUACAACUGGAAAGAUAUUAAUUGCAGACAGUAACAACCAAUGUGUCCAGAUAUUUUCCAACGAUGGCCAGUUCAAGAGCCGUUUUGGCAUACGAGGACGCUCUCCCGGGCAGCUGCAGAGGCCCACAGGAGUAGCCGUGCACCCCAGUGGGGACAUAAUCAUUGCAGAUUAUGAUAAUAAGUGGGUUAGCAUCUUCUCAUCAGAUGGAAAGUUUAAGACAAAAAUUGGAUCGGGAAAGCUGAUGGGGCCCAAAGGAGUUUCUGUGGACCGCAACGGGCACAUUAUUGUGGUGGACAACAAAGCAUGCUGCGUGUUUAUCUUCCAACCAAAUGGGAAAAUAGUCACCAGGUUUGGUAGCCGAGGAAAUGGGGACAGGCAGUUUGCAGGUCCUCAUUUUGCAGCUGUAAAUAGCAAUAAUGAGAUUAUUGUUACAGAUUUCCAUAAUCAUUCUGUCAAGGUGUUUAAUCAGGAAGGAGAAUUCAUGUUGAAGUUUGGCUCCAACGGAGAAGGAAAUGGGCAGUUUAAUGCCCCCACAGGUGUAGCAGUGGAUUCGAAUGGAAACAUCAUUGUGGCAGACUGGGGAAACAGCAGGAUCCAGGUGUUUGAUGGGAGUGGAUCGUUUUUGUCCUACAUUAACACAUCUGCUGACCCGCUCUACGGCCCCCAAGGCCUAGCCCUAACUUCAGACGGCCAUGUUGUGGUUGCAGACUCUGGAAAUCACUGUUUCAAGGUCUAUCGAUACCUACAGUAA